UUACAGGAAUUAAAAAAAACAACAACAGAAGGUUCAGGUACAGGUGAAGCGUGAAGACGAGACAACAAAAUUCGUCUGAAGUUGUCGAGUGGCGGAGAUGGUUUGCGGAGGAUUUGUUUGCACUAAAAACUCCCUUUGCGCACUCAAUAUACUUUACGUGUUGGUGAGCCUGCUGCUGGUGGGCGUAGCGGCGUGGGGCAAAUGGUUCGGCCUGGUGUCCAGCAUCCGGGUGGUGGCGGGUGUCAUCUGCGUGGGCAUCUUUCUGCUGCUGGUGGCCUUUGUGGGGCUGUGCGGCGCCUUGCACCACCACCAGGUGCUGCUCUUCUUCUACAUGAUCAUCCUGUUCCUGGUGUUCAUGGUGCAACUGUCCGUGUCGUGUGCCUGUCUGGCCCUCAAUGAAGACCAGCGGAAUCAUCUCCUGGAGGUGGGCUGGAACAAGUCCAAAUCGAUGCAGACGGACGUGGAGAAGACGCUGGACUGUUGUGGCUUCUCCCACGUGGACUACAACCGAUCCUGCGCCGCCAGCUGUUUUAACAAGAAGCCGCCAUUGUCGUGUGCCACAUGUGCCGAAAUAAUCGAGAAGUAUGCUGGGGAAGUGCUGCGCUUUGUGGGUGGUAUCGGACUAUUCUUCAGCUUUACCGAGAUUCUUGGUGUUUGGCUGGCCCGUCACUACAGAAACAUGAAAGACCCCCGAUCCAAUCCUGGAGCCUUUCUAUGAUUUAUUUAUUUUUUUCUAAAGAGAACAACACAUCGCACUGCUCUAAUCAUAUUUUUUUCCUGCCUGUGUAAUAGAGAUUUGCUUAAAAGAUGCUACAGUCUAAAUGGCUAUUAAAUGCUAAUCAAUCUGAUUUGAAAGCAUGUAUAAUAUUUUUUUUCACACGUUUAUGAGCUCAUCAAUACUCAGAAACGCCGGAAACAGUGGCCUAGCCUUGAAAUGCCCCAAAUGUUGGAUUUUUGGGGUGACUACGCCUUUAAGACCAACAGGAAAUAUUUUUACACUGUUAAAUAUUUUAAUAAGUUGGUUGUUGCUUCAAUGCUCCAAACCACCACAAAAAAAGCUGCUUAGCCUAGCUUUGCAUGUAGGCUUCAAUGUAAAUAAAAUCCGCCCAUGCAUUUUUUUUCCUUCAGGUGACUAAGCAAACAACACAGUGUUGACGAGUUAGCUUUAAGGCUGCUACAUUGAUAGUUUCUCGCUAAAGCAAGACAAGCUGCUACCUCCUGUUAGCAGUCUAAGCUAAAGGUGUCAAUUGCCCUUUGAAAUCAGUUUCAAAGAUGCUGUGCCACAUUGUUUUAAAGUGCACAUCUUAAAUGGCUAACAACAACAACACUGCCACUCCCUUAGUAUCAUACGCUGUGGCAGAAAAUUCAUUGUAAAUGUCUAGUGACUAUGCUAGCUGGUUAGCAUGCUGACAAAUUACAUACAAGAUGGCUUCAAUUUGUUUUUAGUUUGGUUUUCAAUAUUUUGUGGAUUAGAAUAAAGAUAACAUGUUUGAAUCUAUAUUUCGUUUUUGUUCUUCCAAACGACUUCAGCAAUAAACUUGCCUUGCCUCGCA